UAGCCUUGGUCCCAGCCAGGUUUGUUUCUCUCCAAACUGAAUGGAAAAUAUAAGGAAGACAGAGCAGAGGAAUGCGAGGAACUUCUGAAUCACAGCUACACAGAGAGAUCUCUGCCUGGACAGUCCAGACAGCGCCAACAUGGCAUGUCAAUAGAUCUCGGUCUGUUACAGUUGUCUAUACUUUAGACGUUUCUGUGGCAUUUGGACAUCCAGGGAUUAAGUGGAAUUUACAGCAGGCAUAUUCAGCAUAACCUCUCACACGACAGGGGAUCGGAAAGAUUAAGAUGCAGGAGGACCCGGUGUAUGAUUUCCCUGAGCCGGUCGGGGAGCUGGUAGGAGAGAGGCGGGCUUGUCCUCAGCGUGGCUCCCUGAAGAACAUCAGUGUGCUGGACCGUCUGCUUCUCACACACCCCGUCUGGCUGCAGCUGUCCAUCAACUCUGCCACCGCUCUGCACAUCCUACAGCGGGAGCCGCCUGGGGUGAGUCACGCACGCACACCGCACUGACGCGCACACACAAAACACAACCUAAGUGUGUAUAUCUCUGCCUUUCUGUAGACCUUUCUGGUGCGCAAGUCCAACACCUCGCAGAAGAAAGUGCUGUGUGUCAGGCUUGCAGACGACAGCGUUCCCUCCUUUGUCAAACAAUUUGUCAUCCGCGAAGUGGACUCCACCUUCUCUUUGGAGAAAGCGGCUAUCGGUUUCCCUGACCUCUUCCGGCUCAUUGCCUUCUACUGUGUUAGCCGGUGCAUGGCAACAGUUGAAUAAGAUGAGAAAAAAGAAGAAACCCGCACACUGCUGUUUCCCGAUGGCCUUGAUGGCCGAUACGUAAAGCUAAAUAAAGAGCAGUGUUUCUUGGCUUCACUGUAGAAUGGGUUUAGGGCAUUUAGACAACUAAUGUCAACCAGUGUUAUCCAUCUAGAUCUGCAUUAUCUCUCAUUAUUGGUCCAAAUCAUAACCUACUAGAAUUAGACCUGUUUAUAAAACCCAUGUGCUGUCUAUUUCAGGGAUGUGUUGCCCUUCCCACUGGAGCUCCCUGAGGCCAUAGUCAAGGCUUCAUCCCACAAACAGCUGGAGUCCAUUUCACACAUGGGCGUGGAGUUCUGGAGUUCCCAGCUGAACUUCAGAGGUCCACGCAAUGGGCCCCCACCAGUCGAGGCGGCACCGCUGCCCCCUAGCCCCACCCCUGAGGACUGUGCCACGCCCCAGGAAAGCCCCACCCUGUUCCAGGAGUUCUGCCCCAUCCAAACACGCAGCCCCCGGGAGCUGAACUGUGGGGCAGCAGGCCAAGGGGCUCUCUGUUUCAUCAACCCACUCUUCCUGCAAUCCCAUCCUGCACUGCACAAACGCCACCAGUUCAAGCGCAGCCUCAAGGUGCGUGUCUCGACUGAGAACUCUAGCCCUUUGUCCCCACCAGUUGCCCCUCCCCCUCCCCCACCUCUGCUGGCCAAGAAAAAUAUUAAGAGCAAGAAGGUCCAGCGGGCCAGUGGAGCAGUGGAAGCCAGAGUGGAGGGUGAGGGAGGGACAGCACCCGUCCAGGAGGACUCAGACUAUUUGCAGCCAUGCUUGGUUCUUCCAGUUCUUCCGCAGAAGACCAGGGUCACACCCACACUGUCUCCCACUGCAGAGGAGGACUACCAUGUGCCAUUAGGUCUCCUGCAGGGACUGGCCCAGGAAAAAGGAGGUGAGGAGGAGGUGGGUCUCCUGCUGGAGCAGAGGUAUGCUCCCUCCCUGAGUGAGCUGGACAGCAGCAGUUCCCUCAGCAGCCUGGAGGAGGCAGAGGAGAGCUCAGAGCGAAUUCCCCUCACCAGGGGUACCAGUAACCCCUCACCCCCAUGCACCUUGCCCCCACGCCAGCCCGUCUCAGUCCUGCGCAAGCUGAGUGCAGUCUUCGUGUCCUUCUUCGUGCCAGAGAAGCGUGUGGCGAGGCUGGUGGAGGACCUGUCCCGUGACAGGAGGAUUGCGUUUGGUGUCCUGGUGCAGGAUUUCCUCAGGCAGCAGCGGGAGGCGAUCAAGCCUCAGUGCCAGAGAUCUAGCGUAGAGCUACUGCAGGGCAUUCGCUUCUUCCUCUCCCAGGCCAAGACCUUCCUGCUGGACUGUGGAGACCUAGAACCCCCAAUUGAGACCAUGGUGCCUGAUGAUGAGAAAGACCUGGUGCUGGAGAAAGCCAUGUUCCGCUGUGUGCUGAAACCUCUGAAGGGACAGAUAGACAGGACACUGCAAACUCUGCAUGAGCGAGACGGUUCCACCCAGAGCAUGGCAGAGAGCCUGGCUGUGGCCAGGGGAAAGACCCCGUUGGAGUGUUUUGGAGUGCGGGUGGGAGUGCCGGAUGCUGCCGGUGUGGAGAAGGUGCGGCAGAAGUUAGCUCUCAUGAGGCGGGCUUACUCGCCCAUUGACAAGGUUGUGCUGCUACUGCAGGUCUGCAAGCUCAUCUAUAAAGCCAUGACGGACAAUUCAGGCAAGGAAUUCGGUGCAGAUGACUUCCUACCAGCCCUGUCCUAUGUCAUUGUACAGUGUAACAUGCCAGAGCUGUCUGUGGAGGUGGAGUACAUGAUGGAGCUGCUGGAGUCAUCGUGGCUGACAGGGGAGGGUGGGUACUACCUGACCAGUGUGUAUGCCAGCCUGUGCCUGAUCCAGAGCCUGCCUGAAGAAAUGCCCUCUAGCGGGCUGACCCAGGGGGCCAGAGACUCCCUGAAAGACUGGAGCCGGCGCCGGAGCAGCCAGGCUCUGAGCCAGAAAAAAAUACAUGAGCAACUGAGGUUUGUCAAGGUUCUGUUUCAAGAUGGAGAAAGCAGCUGGAUAAAAACCCUGCAGUGGAGGGCAGGAGUUAGUGGGGAGGCCCUGACCCAGCUCUGUGCUGCUAAGUUUGGGGUGGACGACCCAGGACUGUUCAAGCUGUACUGGCGGAGUGAGGGGGAGAUUCAAGCCCUCCCAGCCCAGGCCCAGAUCCAGGACCUACAGGGCCAAGGCAGCAGUGGAACACCCCUCAUAUACCAGAAAGCCAAACAGGAUGGACUCAAGACUUGCAAACUAACAAGAGAGGCGGCUGUGGACCUUGUGGAAUCACCUUGAGUACCCAAGCGUUGUGAACGUUUUCUUAAACCCCACUCAACUGCAAGAAAGACUUGCUUCGUGCUUUAUUCUUAAAAUAUGUUAAAUGAACAUUUGCCUGGGUGGAUAUUGCAAAGUACCUUAGACAUUCUGUUUACCAUUUUCCCUAAGUGUAAAUUAUAAACUGGUGGGUUCGAGCCCGGAAUGCUGAUUGGCUGACAGCCGUGGUAUAUCAGACCGUAUACCACGUGUGUGACAAAAGUUAUUUUUACUGCUCUAAUUACGUUGGUAAACAGUUUAUAAUAGCAGUAAGGUACCUUGGGGGGUUUGUGAUAUAUGGCCAAUCUACCAUGGCUAAGGGCUGUGUCCAGGCACUCCGCGAUGCCCUUAUUUCAAUGUGUAUCAGUUCAUGCAGCUCAUUACACAAGCUCCCCGAGAUACCUUUAAUAAUGCAUGAGAAACAAACUGAACAGACAUUGAUAUUAAAAUAACAAAAAAUGACAUUU